AUGGCCACCGCGACUACCACAGCUGUUUUUCCCCUACUCCUCCUCUUUGCGGCCGCCGUUGCCGUCCCAUCGUCACCAUACCUCUCCCCCACCACCCUUUUCCAGAACUACCAAAAAAUGCUCACUAACUUCAAGAUUUUCAUAUACACCCCAGCUAAACCAUUCACUUUCCAAAACCCAGCUGCAUCUCUCUUCUACAGUUCCCUCCUCAACAGCCCGUUUCUCACCCAAGAACCCACUGAAGCCCACCUCUUCUUGAUACCCUUUUCCCCCGAAACAUCGACGCGCUCUCUUGCGCGUCUCGUCAGGGACCUCAGAAUCAACCAUCCUUACUGGAAUCGCUCUCUCGGGGCUGAUCAUUUUUUCGUAUCACCCACCGGUAUUGAUUAUUCAGCCGACCGUAAUGCUCUUGAGCUGAAGAAAAAUUCUGUGCAGAUUUCUGUAUUCCCUGUAAUCUCUGGUAAGUUUAUCCCGCAUAAAGACAUUACUUUACCUCCCGUGAACCUGGCCGCUCGCUUCAUCUCCGCUGUACCGGAGAAUGCUUCAACGUCGUCGUUUCUGGGUUAUUUAAAAUGGGAUGGAAAAACGGAGUCAAAUUUCGUUGAAGAAUUAAGGAAAGACGGUGAUUUCUUGAUCGAUAUCGAAAGGGAGUUAUUAGAUCCUGUGGAGAAUGUCAAAAACAGUAAAUUCUGCUUGCUUUUUUAUGCCGGUGACGUAGCAUGGAUGGUUGAGGCGAUGGCUCUGGGUUGCGUGCCGGUGGUGAUUGUGGACCGUCCGAUUCAGGACUUACCGUUGACGGAUGUUUUGAGAUGGUCAGAUUUAGGUUUGCUAGUGGCGGCACGUGGCGGCGCUAAGCGGCUGAAGGAGGUGUUGAAUGAUGUGAGCGAGGAAAAGUACAACGUGAUGCGAGAAAUGGCGUCAGCGGCGAGUAAGCAUUUGGUGUGGAAUGAAGAGCCUCAACCGUUGGAUGCGUUUCAUAUGGUGAUUUAUCAGCUGUGGCUCAGACGGCAUACGAUUAGAUACGCCCGGAGGGAGUCAUUUUAG